AUGGGUUAUUUCUCGAACACCAAGGAGCUCCAAGAGAAUCAAAUGCUCUACACUAUUCAUCAGAUUCUUGAAUCGUGGAUUUACGUUUCCGUGAAUCUUUUAUAUCGAAUCGAGUCGAGGAUCGAAGAUGGAAACUUCGAGAAAGCUUCUUCCGACGUGUACUUGCUAGAGAGAAGCUGGAAGCUUCUGGCAGAGAUCGAAGAUUUACACAUUCUGAUGGAUCCUGAAGAUUUCUUGAAGGUGAAGAAACAGUUAAAGAUCAAAUCCACGUCUCAAAACGACGCGUUUUGUUUCUGGUCAAAAGGGUUAGUGGAGAUGGCUAAGAUGUCCAAAGAGCUGAGACAGAAAGUGCCAGCUGUGCUUGAAGUUGAGGUGGAUCCCACCGGAGGUCCGAGGUUGCAAGAGGCGGCAAUGAAGCUUUACUCGAGGAAGACAGAGUACGAGAAGAUACAUUUGCUUCAGGGAAUGCAGGCGGUGGAGUCUGCAGCCAAGAGAUUCUUUUUCGGGUACCAGAAGUUGGUGGCGACGAUGAUGGGGAGUGCGGAGGCUAAUGCUAAUAGAACCGUGGCGAGUCAUGAGUCGUGUGAUUCGCUGACUCAAGUGUUUAUGGAGCCACCGUAUUACCCGAGUCUAGAUGCUGCAAAGACUUUUCUGGGAGAGUUCUGGAGCCAAUUGGGUUGCAAUGGAAGACACUGACACUACGAUUAACGAAUACUAUCUACAGAUGUAACAAUACAACCGAAAUUUUUGUAAGCAUGUAACGAUCAGUGUA